AUGGUUAAACCAAGGCCGCGGAAGACAAGUAGAGGCCUAAUUCCACAAGAGACGUUCGAGCUUGCAGCUAAAAGGGUGAUAGAUGAAAAUGCUUCUGUAAGGGCAACAGCAAAAGAAUACGGCAUGUGCCAUGUAACUUUGUGUCGAUUUGUUAAUAAAAUGCGGAAAAAAGAAAAUCCACAAGUGGGAUAUCGACCUCAUAAAAAAGUCUUCACAGGCGAACAAGAACAGCAGUUGGGGCGAUACUGCGAAGAAUCUGCAAAACUUUAUUUUGGCCUGUCAACGAGAGAUUUACGGAAGCUUGCUUAUCAGUUUGCUAUAAAAAACAAAUGCAAAUUUCCUGAUGGCUGGAAAGAAAGUGACAUGGCUAGCGAGGAUUGGCUUACUGCCUUUUUGAAGCGUAAUCCAACAUUAUCUAUCCGGACACCUGAAUCAACUAGUCUAGCAAGGGCUAUGAAUUUUAAUCCAGAAAAUGUUGGCAAGUUUUUUGACAACUUGAGCGACGUAAUGGAAAGGCAUAAUUUUGAACCCCACAAUAUUUUUAAUGUCGAUGAGACUGGUUGUACAACCGUCCAAAAACCCAAUAAAGUGAUUUCAUUAAAAGGUGUCAAACAAGUUGGUGCCAUCACUUCUCAGGAAAGAGGGACACUAGUGACAAUGUGCUUUGCCAUCAAUGCUCUAGGUAAUAGUAUUCCUCCCAUGUUUGUGUUUCCAUUAGUGCGAUACCAUGAUCAUUUUGUGCGAGACGGACCAGACAGUUGCAUUGGAAGUGCAAACAGAAGUGGGUGGAUGCAAGAAGAGGAUUUUUUAAUUUUUAUUAAACAUUUCGCAAAGUUUUCCAAACCUUCCGAAACCAACAGAGUGCUACUAAUUUUAGACAACCACGCCUCUCAUUUGUAUUUACCAGUGAUUGACUUUUGUAGAGACAAUUAUAUUACCCUACUUUCGUUCCCCCCUCACACCUCACACAAGUUACAACCAUUAGAUCGUGGUGUCUAUGGGCCGUUUAAGAAAUUUUACAAUAAUUCUUGCGAUCAAUGGAUGAAAAAUAAUCCUGGUAAAAGAAUGACGAUGUACAAUAUUCCGAGCAUAGCUAGGGAGGCCAUUCAAUUGGCCGCAGUUCCCAAAAAUAUUACUUCCGGUUUCAGGUGUUGUGGAAUAUGGCCCUUUAAUAGAAACAUCUUCUCGGACGACGAAUUUGCUCCAUCUAGCGUUACGGACAGGCCAUUAAAUACCGCAUCAGCCGUUGGCGAAAAAGAAGCCAUAUUGUGUCCUGCGAGCACAUCAACAAGUUCCAUUGAAAUGCCUCUAAAUGAUGCCAAUCUUAAUAUCAUCAAUAUUCCAUGUGAACCUAGCACACCCCCUAAAACAUCGCCCAUUCCACCAGCUGCGUUUUAUUCUCCUGAAGAAAUUCGUCCCUUGCUGAAGGCUGAUUUUUCGAAGCCAGUGAAAACGAACAAGAGGGCGAAAGGAAAAACGGCAAUUUUAACGGAUACGCCCGAGAAGAAUUUAAUAGAGGAGAAGUUUAACAAAAAAAAGGUAGUCGCGGUCACCAAAAAAUUACAUGGUUCCCAGACAAAGAAGAAAAACAAACAAACAAUAAAAAGAAAAGUGUCAGAAAAUUUAUCAUCAUCUGAAGAUGACAGUAUUUGUAUAGUUUGCUUGGGACCCUACAAAGAAAGCAAAGAAGAUUGGUUGCAGUGCAGAAAUUGCAAGGAAUGGGCACACUGUAGUUGUGCGGGUAACAAUGCGUUAUUUGUUUGCAAAAAUUGCGAUUCAGAUGCAGAUUAG